AUGCACACUGCCCAUGCACAUGAAGCUGGCUUUCUAGACGGUGCUUUAGAAGUCUUCUGGGGAAAAUGGGGAGGCCUGUGGGGCCAAGGCAGCUCCUGUGCCAUAUGCUCCCCAGAGCACGGCACUCCCCACCCGCUGCCAUGGGCUCUCCUGCCCCGCCUGCCCAGGUUGCUACAUGCUGGGACGGCAGUGGCCAUGCCCUAUAUAAGAGCCCAGACGAGCCAGCCCAAUUGUGCCAGGGUGGUUUGCCAGGACUCGUGUGCUAUGGAGGCUGAGGAGGCGACAGCAGUGGCGGCAAAGGCAGCCCUGCGGACCCCCAAGUGCUCGCGCUGCCGUAACCAUGGCUUUGUGGUGCCGGUGAAGGGCCAUGCUGGCCACUGCCGCUGGAAGCUCUGCCUGUGCGACAAGUGCGCCCUCAUCACCGAGCGCCAGAAGAUCAUGGCAGCCCAGAAGGCCCUGAGGCAGCAGAUGCCGGACCCCCCAGCUGGGGCAGACUCAGGGCCUACUACCCUGGGUGAAGGCCCUGGGGUGGCCACCGGGGCGGCUGUUGGCCCUGAGCAGAGCAGCCAUGAAGGGGUGAAGGGCAACCAGCCCACUGGCAGCAAUGGCAAAGGCAUGGCAUGCAGGGGACCGCUGCCACCUCCCAGCGGCCCUCCCUUCUGGGACUACGCUCACCCUGCUUUUCCUCCAGAAUAUGUGGUCAACCCAGAAUACCUGGAGAGAGAACCUCCAAAAGUGUACCCUGGGUGUUCUGGGGUAUAUCCUUACCACCCGUUUCCCAUGGGAUUUGCCAUCAAUCAGUCAAGCUGUAGGGGAGCACCAUCACCUCCAGGGAUAUCACUUCAGAGAGGCUUCCGACACAUUUCUAGCAACUAUGGGCCAGGAAAUGCAGCUUCUGUGUCAAUUCCAGAUGGAGGUGGAGAGUUCCAUCAAGGGUACUACACUCCUGUGCCUCCCUUCAUCCCACCAAGUUUUCUGCCAGGGAUUCAUUACAUUCCACCUCCCCUUUCACUGAAUGUGUUGGCUGAAACCACCAAGGAAGCACAUGCUACUGAAGCUGACAGUCAGGAUUCAGGGGUGGUUCAUGAACCUGGCCAACCAUCUUCUUCCCCAGAAGAAACAAGCAGAGACCAAUCUGUAUAUUCUAAACAGUAAAUGGGCCGGAGAAGAGUGGAGUAGCAGGCAGCGCUAUUUUCAUUUCUGAGAGUGUUAGUUAAU